CGCCAAGUCUGUGGGGCGCCGGUCCUCCCGGCUUGCGGCGGCGCUGUAGCGGGCAGCCUGCCCUCUGUCCUGGACGAGUGGCGGUACCGGGUGUGCGGAGCGGCCGGGCUGCUGUUGUUGGAUGCCGCCGAUGGAUUUUGACUCGAAGCCCAGCUGGGCCGACCAGGUGGAGGAGGAGGGAGACGAGGAUAAAAAUACUGAAAGUACAUUUGAAGGAGAUGACGAUGGAUCGAGACAGAAAGGUCCUCUGCCUUCACCCAAAGAAUUGAUCAAAGGGAAUAUUAAAACUGUCAUCGAGUACAAAAUUGAUGAGGAUGGGAAGAAAUUUAAGAUUAUUCGCACAUUCAGAAUUGAAACCAGGAAGGCUUCCAAAGCUGUGGCCAGGAGAAAAAACUGGAAGAAAUUUGGAACCUCGGAGUAUGACCCACCCGGUCCCAAUGUUGCCACAACGACGGUCAGUGAUGAUGUGUACAUGACCUUCAUCACCAACAAAGAGGAUCUAAAUAACGCAGAGGAGGAUGACCCAAUGGCCAAAUUGAAAGGCCAGAAGAUCGUGUCGUGCCGAAUCUGUAAAGGCGACCACUGGACCACACGCUGUCCGUAUAAAGACACGCUGGGACCCAUGCAGAAGGAGCUAGCUGAGCAGCUGGGCCUUACAACAGCCGAGAAGGAGAAGGGUUCAGAUCCUGAACCAGUCCAACCAGCUCAGAGUAAGACUGGGAAGUAUGUGCCACCCAGUCUACGAGAUGGAGCCAAUCGACGGGGAGAGUCCAUGCAGACAAAUCGCAGAGCGGAUGACAACGCCACAAUCCGUGUCACCAACCUCUCAGAGGACACACGAGAGACUGACCUGCAGGAACUCUUCAGACCUUUUGGUUCCAUUUCUAGGAUCUACCUGGCUAAGGAUAAGAACACUGGUCAAUCGAAGGGUUUUGCCUUCAUCAGUUUCCAUCGGCGUGAAGAUGCUGCCAGAGCCAUUGCUGGCGUGUCCGGAUUUGGUUAUGAUCAUUUAAUCCUGAACGUGGAAUGGGCCAAGCCAUCAAACAACUAAAGGUCAUUGUCAGCUGAGCAAAUCAAUUUCAAACUUGAAAUUUCAUUAACAUCAAAUAAAGUAUCUGGAUUAGA